AUGGAGCUUCUAAACGAGGUUUGGAAGGAGUUUAACCAGUUCAGCGAUUGCAUUUCUCUUCACGAGGAAGUGGAGGGUUAUGUAGAUCCGGAGAUUGACAACGCGGUCUACGAGACAAAAUACCUAAGGGCGAACGCUAUACUCAAGGAACGAAGCAAUGAUCUACAACCGGGGACAUCUCAAGGCAGUGGGAAUGGCAGCAAUGGGCUUCAUUCAAGCAAUGACGCAAUCCUGAACUUGCUGCAGCAAAACCAACAACUAUUUGAGCGACUUGCAGUAAGUCAGACCACACCGAACACGCCUGAUCAUGUAGGUGGUGACGUCACAUCGCCGAAUUCUAACUCGGUACUCACGGCGAAUUCAACUCUGAGCGAAUUGCCGAAAAUUCAAAUCAAGCGGUUCUCUGGAAACUACACAGAGUGGCCUUCCUUUCAAGACAUAUAUGAAAGCACAAUUCAUAACAAGCAGCAUUUGUCCAACACCCAGAAAUUCCAUCACUUGAAAACACUUCUCGUUGAUGAGGCUGCCAACUUAGUGCGACACUUGGCCAUCACUGACACGGCGUACAAUACUGCAUGGGAACGUCUUAAGGAAAGGUACAAUCGUCCUCGGCACAUUGUAAACUCAUUUUUGGAGCAGUUUAUGAGCCUGCCAACAACUACAAAGAUCGAUGCAACAGUCCUACGGAAGGUCUCAGACGGAGCAAACGAAAUUGUUCGUGGGUUGGAUGCAGUCAAUCAAACGGGACGCGACUGUUGGAUCAUCUACCUAGCCCUAGAGAAACUCGACGCUGACACACGGCGCAGGUGGAUUGAGCGUAGCAUGGAGUCAGAUUCACCCACCCUGGAGGAGUUCUUCAAAUUUCUGGACUCUCGCUGCGAAGAACUGGAGCUGAGCAAGAGGGAGCUUGCGACUGGAAGCAAGACAAAUACACAUCCUGAAAAGCAAAAAAGGGUCACACAAUCGAUGGUUGCGGUUGAAAGCAGUGGUUGCACCAAAUGUAGUUCUGCAGAACACACUCUGUAUGGAUGUCAGCUGUUUCUGGAUAUGUCUGGGGUGCAGAGACGAUCAUUUGUGAAGGAGAAAUCACUGUGCUACAAUUGCUUGCGACCUGGUCAUGGGGUCAACAGGUGCAAGUCAACAUUCAAAUGCAGGCAAUGCAAGGGUAAUCAUCAUACUCUUCUUCAUCUCCAACCAAAUCCACAGGCUAUUGGGAAUCUUGCCCAAAUAGAAGAGCAGGUCGAGCAGAACAUAAGCGCGUCUAACAGCAACACAGCGACACUCAGUCAUCUUGCCCAAGGAGAGGACACACAAAAGGUUGUAUGUGCGCAAGGCACUGCAAAAUCAACACAUUUAACUGAAUUAAAACGGAGCAUACUACCAACUGCAAUGGUUUAUGUCAAAAACGCAAAAGGUGACCUCGUAACAUGCCGACUUCUAUUGGACACAGGAUCGGAGCUGUCUUACGUAUCCGAGCGUUGCAUCCAAGCUCUCGGACUGACACGAUCGGCAUCACGCAUCUUGGUUACGGGAAUCUCUUCCGUAAAAGCAGACACAACAAGGGGAUGCACCACGCUGCAUAUCAAGUCUUGCAUAUCCGAUGAUCGUUUAGUUGUCUAUGCUCACGUGCUAGGCAAAAUCACCUCUUCUCUGGAACGGCAAAACAUCGACGCAUCAACACUCGAGGUGUUUAAGGAUCUGCAGUUGGCGGAUACACAAUUCAACACAAACACACCAGUUGAUAUGCUAUUGGGAAGCGAGCACGUAUGGUCAGUGUUCACAGGACGAAAGAUGUACGACAACAAGGGUAAUCUUAUCGCCAUUUCUUCGGUAUUCGGAUGGGUUAUCACCUCACUCAUCACAUCGAACGCAAGCAACGCUGUCGCACUAACUACAACAAUGGAGAUUGACUGCACUCUUCAAAAGUUUUGGGAACUGGAGAAUGUUCAAGUCAGCACAAAAGCAGAACCGGAAGAUGAAAAGGUCGAGAAACACUUUCUCGCCACCCACAGUCGCGAUGAAAAUGGGAAGUAUGUCGUGGAACUUCCAUUCAACGCGGAAAAUCCUGAAUUCGGAGACACUCUUCAUGGAGCUCUUAAGCGAUUUAAAUCGGUAGAGCGACGUCUACAACAAAACGAGCAGCUGCGGACACAGUACGUAUAUUUCAUGCGAGAGUAUAUCAACCUGGGGCACAUGCGUGAGGUGCCGCCAGAGGACGUUGCUGCUGGAAAUCAAUUCUUUCUCCCCCACCACCCGGUGCCCGGCCGAAAGCUGCGAGUGGUUUUUGAUGGAUCCUUUCGCGACGCUAAUGGUAAGGCGUUAAAUGACACUCUCUUCACAGGGCCCAGUAUCCAGCGUGAUCUCUUUUCUGUGUGCCUACGCUUUCGUAUGUACAAGUACGCAUUCUCAGCGGACAUCGUUAAAAUGUUCCGCCAAAUAUGGGUCAACGAAAGGCACAGAAAUUACCAGAAAAUCGUUUGGAUAGAAGAUCCAUCCGAUCCGAUCAAGCAUUUCCAGCUGUGCACUGUAACUUACGGAACAUCAUGUGCACCAUUUCUGGCGGUACGAGUUCUGGAACAACUCGCUGUGGAUCAUCGGGAUGAAUACCCUAUCGCUUCAAAAAUCCUACUGGAGGAUUUUUAUGUCGAUGACGUUCUUACUGGGUCAAACAGUGAGGAUGAGCUACUUCGAAACCGAAACGAAUUGAUUCAGCUGAUGUCGUGCGCAAAUCUCGAACUCGGGAAAUGGGUAUCCAAUAGCCCUUUCAUACACACAGAUUUUACCGACGCACAAUUGUCGCCAGUUAAGGUUCUUGGACUAUACUGGCAUCCUGGCAAAGACAUUCUAACUUACAACGUAGGCCUAGUGGCAAAUCCUGAUUGCACCAAAAGGCAAGUCUUGUCCGACGUCUCGAGGAUAUUUGAUCCUCUCGGACUCUUAGCACCCGUUGUCAUCCAGUUCAAGAUUAUUUUCCAAAAACUUUGGCUCUUGAACUUGGAUUGGGAUGAUCCACUCCCAACUAAACUAGCGGACAUCUGGCUGAAAUGGAGGAAAGAUCUACACACUGUACAAAAGUUCGAACUACAACGCUUCGUUGCUAACGACGCAGACAACAUCGAGCUCCACGGAUUUUCGGAUGCUUCAACCAAGGCGUAUGCUGCUGUGGUCUACAGCAGAGUAACUAACGACGAUGGCUCCAUCUCGGUGUCCCUGGUGGCUGCAAAAACAAGGGUGGCUCCAUUGAAACAGCAAUCAUUGCCACGCCUCGAACUUUGCGCAGCACUUCUUCUCAGCCAGCUUAUUCGUUCGAUUUCGUCUGGACUACGCCACAAGAACAUAACAGUUUUUGCCUGGUCAGACUCAUCAAUCGUGCUAUCCUGGUUAUCGUACGCACCAGCCCAACUAAAAACAUUUGUUGGAAACAGAACCUCGGAAAUCCUUGACACUAUUCCCAGAAAGUCCUGGCGACACGUAGACUCCAAAACAAACCCAGCUGACUGCGCUUCCAGGGGUCUGAUGGCUGCAGACUUGAUCGACUUCCAACUGUGGUGGAAUGGACCUUUAUGGCUACGGGACAAGGAGCAGUACCUGGUAAAGUUGAACGACUCACGAUUUGGCUUAUCUCUUUCAGACCUACGCAUUCAAGGAGAAGUCAAGACCAACUGUUUGGCUACAAUGGCUGAUGCAACUCAGGCUCAUCCCCUUGAUGAGCUGAUCGCACGAGUUUCCUCAUGGCUCAAGCUCAUUCACAUUGUCGCAUAUGUGAAGCGCUUCAUUCAACGGACACGAAAUCCAUCCUGCAACAAGGCUUCAACAGCUCUUACAUUCGACGAGGCUACGGCAGCAAGAAUUAUUUGUAUAAAACACGCGCAACGGUGUUUUCAACAGGACUAUCAGCUCCUCCUGGCCAAGAAACCUCUCAAGAACCGAUCGCAGCUGGUAAAGCUAGCGCCAAUGAUCGACGAAAACGAUUUGCUGAGGGUAGGCGGUCGACUGCAACAGUCGCAACUGACACGAGAGGCAAAACACCCAGUUUUGCUACCAAAAACGCAUCGAAUCUCGAAGCUGAUCCUGGAAUACGAGCACCGAGUAAACCUUCACCCUGGCGUUUCCUCCCUGUUUGUAAUUGUUCGGCAAAAAUUCUGGAUAAUUGGAGCACGUAAUCUCAUUCGCAAAAUAACAUACGACUGUUUGUCCUGCUUUCGUCAACGCUACCACACAUCCCAACAGCAGAUGGCUGAUUUACCAAGCAUUCGUGUCACUCAAGCGCUUCCAUUCGUAAACACUGGUUGCGAUUAUGCAGGCCCAAUUCUUCUAAAGGAUGCCAAAGUUCGGAAGCCACGUAUAAGCAAGGGCUACAUUUGCGUGUUUGUUUGUAUGGUCACCUCCGCCGUACACCUGGAACUUGCCACAGACCUGACAACUGAAACCUUCUUGGCUGCCUUGCGUCGAUUCAUAUCUCUGCGUGGCAAAUGUAGUAAAAUAUACAGCGACAACGGAACCAACUUCAUUGGGGCCAAACGAUCUCUCGACGAAAUGCAAGAAUUGCUUUCAUCACAAGAACACCAGGACAUCGUAACAUCCACCCUGGCAGAUGAUGGAAUUCAAUGGGUACUCAUACCUCCACGAGCUCCUCAUUGGGGAGGGAAAUGGGAGUCGGCAGUUCGUUGUGUAAAACUGCAUCUCCGCAGGAUCACCGGCAAUUCAACGCUCACCUUCGAACAGAUGCGCACCCUGCUUUCUCAAAUCAGCGCUGUGAUAAAUUCACGCCCCUUAUGCUAUGUACCGGAUACCGAAACCAACUAUUUGUCACCCGCCCACUUCUUAAUUGGGCGACCGUUUACCACCGUUCCAGAUCCCGACUUAAGCCACAUCCCCGUGGGCCGAUUAGGUUAUUGGCAGAGCAUCCAGGCUAUGCUCCAAGGAUUCUGGAAGAAAUGGCAUCAGGAGUAUCUGACUACUCUGCAACAACGUCCGAAAUGGACCGCUUCUACACCCAACCUUUCGAUCGAUGAUGUAGUUCUCGUUAAGGAGUCCAAUACGCCACCAGCAUCCUGGCACAUCGCACGGGUUAUAGAAACCUAUCCAGGAAAGGACAACCUCGUUCGAGCAGUCAAAUUGAAGACACCAACAGGAGAGAUGACCAGACCCAUCACGAAGGUCGCAGUUUUGCCCAAUUCAGAAACUGUGUUUCAGGGCGGGCCGGGAUGUUCGUGA